AUGGCCAUUCAUCCCAGAUUGCAUCCCGACGCCUCACAGGGCAGCCUGUCGCCACAGCAGACUUUGGCCAUCUCCACGUGGACCGAACACGCGGUCGCCUCCUUGCAAGAUCUGUCCCUCGCCGAGGGGACCCCCGUUCGAGCCGAUCCGACCUCCGUCCCCUCUCGGCCCAGUAUACGGGGAACGACCGUGUCGUUGUCCAUUCCGAUUGAUGACCAACUUCCAACGGCCUCGGCUGAGGGCAAAAGAGCAGGCGUAGGCGAGUCACGUCCACCGACGGUCAGCUUUCGCCGACGGGAGCCCCUACGUCGGGAUAGCCUGAAGCGACGGGAGGCUCUGCUCAAGGGAAAGGAUGGCAGCCGGAGGCGCCAGCGCUGGGAAAAUGACCGCCUGCUCAACAACCCAUGGGCUGAGCCGCCUGCACCACAUGACUGGUCGAUCCAGCCUACAUAUCCUCGUCAUGACCCGAUGCCAUAUUACCUGGCUCCGCUCUGGGAUAAACACUACGCGAAGAUGGCCGAUCACCACUCUGCUCGCAAGAACGCCCAUACUCCUGCAAAGCAUCGCGUUCCCAAAGAAUUGCGCGUGAAGAUCAAACAUGCCCGUGCUGCGCGUGGUAUGCUGCAAGGUCUGGAGGAUGAUAUCCGCCUGUUUAUCCGUCAGUGGAAUGAUAGGCAGGUCUUCCUAGCCAGUGAAGGGCUGGCUGACGUGUCCGAGACCGAGGUGGAUGACUCGGAGGAUGAGAUUGUCUUUGUGGGGCGUAACGGCCAGAUGCACGAUGCUCCCGAGCGACAGCUGAAGUUGCAGCAGAUGCGGGAGCAGAUGAGUAUGCAUGAUGAGCGAGAUGGCGAGAAGAUGGUCUUUGAAAGUCUCGCUGAAGAUCGCUCUGCUGGCUUUGGUCGCUGGCUCGUUCAUUCCAUUGCUUCCUACUAUGGCCUUCAUACCUGGUCAGUCACUGUGGGAGAGCCCGCUCGACGAGAGGCGUACGUGGGUUUCCGUGCUCCGACUCCGGGCACUCGAGCCGGUCUCGUCACACACCAGACUUGCCUUGCUGAAGAGUUGAUCAAGCCGGGAGAAGAACUUCCCCAGCCUUUGUACGCGCAGGUCUAA